AGGAGCGGGCACAGCUCUGCGCUAUCCAGUACAGUGAGUCAGCUGAGCCACUGGGAUCAGAGGCGCCGGUCCGCUCUAGUGAAUGAGGCGGGGGGAGCUCUGCUGGAUCCGGAGACGGACACGCAAAGUGGCAUUCAGGAGAUGCGCGGAGCUGCGAGUCUGACAUGGAAAUACUGAAGUGAACGGAGCAAGCUUGUUGACGCAUAAUCCCGCCCGCCCCGCUGGCACUGGGAGGGGGGCAAAUCUAGCCUGCCUGAACUCAAAUCCUCCAAAAGAGAUUUACCGACUGCCGCUGCGGGUUCAGCUCCCUUCAAGAAGGCACAGAGGCGAAAUAUCUGCUCUGCUUGUCAACCGGUUGCCUAGGCGUUAUGUUAGGCGAUAUUUAGCACGUUUUAAUUUUUGUUUGACAGACAGCAUGUUCCGGUGAGUUAUCCGAAUCAGAGGACGUAGCCUGGUGCGCUGUAAUUAGGAUAUUAGCCUACUAAAAUAAUUGGGAGUAGACGGCACUGUUGGAAUCAGCACUGUCAUUGCGUUGCGGUGGGCUGUUUGAUGCGUCCUGAGGUGCGGACAGGACCUGCCAAUACAAAACAGGUAUUUGAUCAUUCUGUUGAUUGUACCGGAGAUUUGGAGCCAUGACAGGCCCCCCGCUGGUCUCACAGCCCGCCUGCUGACGGUACCGGGCAGGAUGGGAGCAGGUCUGCCGGUUUCAGGAUCCCGAACCAGCCGAUUUAUCAAUGGAGGAGGAGAGUGACACCCGGAAAAUCAACAACAGCUUCCUUCGCGAUCACAACUAUGCAACCGAAGCUGACAUUAUCUCGACGGUGGAGUUUAACUCAUCGGGGGAGCUGUUGGCCACCGGGGAUAAAGGAGGCAGAGUGGUUGUCUUCCAGAGGGAGCAGGAGAGUAAGAGCCAACCGCAGCGUCGAGGGGAGUACAAUGUUUACAGCACCUUCCAGAGCCACGAGCCGGAGUUCGACUACCUGAAGAGUUUGGAGAUCGAGGAGAAGAUCAACAAGAUCAGAUGGCUUCCACAGCAGAACGCCGCUUACUUCCUGCUCUCCACCAACGACAAGACGGUGAAGCUGUGGAAGAUCAGUGAGAGAGACAAGCGUCCAGAGGGCUACAACCUGAAAGAUGAGGACGGACGAAUCCGAGAUCCGUCGACCAUCACCUCACUACGGGUGCCUGUGCUGCAGCCGAUGGACUUGAUGGUGGAGGCCACAGCCCGGCGCGUGUUCAGCAACGCUCACACCUACCACAUCAACUCCAUCUCUGUCAACUCCGACCUUCAGACCUUCAUCUCCACAGACGACCUCAGGGUGAACCUGUGGAACCUUGAGAUCACCGACCGCAGCUUCAACAUUGUGGACAUAAAGCCGUCCAACAUGGAGGAGCUGACGGAGGUGAUCACCUCGGCAGAGUUUCAUCCCCAGCAGUGUCACACCUUCGCCUACAGCAGCAGCAAGGGCUCCAUACGCCUCUGUGACAUGAGACAGGCCGCACUCUGCGACAAACACUGCAAAUAUUUUGAAGAACCAGAGGAUCCCUCCACGCGCUCCUUCUUUUCUGAAAUCAUCUCAUCCAUCUCAGACGUAAAGUUCAGCCACAGCGGGCGGUACCUGAUGACAAGGGACUACCUCACUGUCAAGGUGUGGGAUCUUCUAAUGGAGAACAAACCACUUGAAACAUACCAGGUUCAUGACUAUUUACGAGGCAAACUUUGUUCUCUGUAUGAGAAUGACUGCAUCUUUGACAAGUUUGAGUGUGUCUGGAAUGGAUCAGACAGCGUCAUAAUGACCGGCUCGUAUAACAAUUUCUUCCGAAUGUUUGACCGGAACACCAAGCGUGACGUCACUCUAGAAGCGUCCAGGGAGAACAGCAAGCCCAGAGCCAUUCUCAAGCCUCGCAAGGUGUGUGUAGGUGGGAAACGUCGAAAGGAUGAGAUCAGUGUCGACAGCCUAGACUUCAGCAAGAAGAUCCUCCACACCACCUGGCACCCCCACGAAAACAUCAUCGCUGUAGCAGCCACCAACAACCUCUACAUCUUCCAAGACAAGGUCAACUAGAGGGCAAACUGCCCCCGCUGAGCCCUGACCCUACACAGGAGGGGCUGCAGGAAGAGGAGAGAGAGAGACUGAGAAAGAGAGAGAUGGACCCCUUAUCUAUAUCCUCUUCCUCCUCUCCUUAAGUCUAGUUGCUGCUGCUGGUCUCAAGUUUCACCGCUCUGCCAAGGAAGUGCAGAGUUUUCCGGAAGGGGAGUAUCCAGUGACUAAAUAGGAAUGAUGGUUAAGACUUGGACAGGGUGAAUUUUGGCAAGUGGGAAUUCCUCAGCCCUGGAUACAGCUGGAAGAAAAAGCUGCCUCUAAAUCCAGAAUGAAGAAGAAAAAAAAAUACUAGACUCCACCAUACAAGACACUUGUAUUCCUCAAUUUGGCUUUUAAUUUAAUUUAUUUGGCCAUGCGGACAAAUGAAGAAGUGAAUCCUGUGCAUUCAUGCAACAAGAGGAUUGCUGCAUGAAUAAUUUAAUGUAGCAGACCUCUGGAACCUCACCCUGGAAGAAAGGGGUGGAUGUGAGUACAGUGAACACUGAGCACACAGACAAAAAUCUAGCUUACAUGAUGAUGGCUCGUGGCAUGUAGCAACAGUGCCCCCUGUCUUUGAACCUGCUCAUGCUACGGUGCAUGUGAUAAACCCCCAAGGUGUCAAACUGUGGAGCCAGGGAGCUAACAGACAGUGCAACCUGCUGCAAAAUCUCUACUGGAGAAGAAGAGACUGUUAAUUUCUGAACCCUGACCCCAUGACCUUCUCAGCAGGACUGAAACUGAGCGUUGUUUCUGCCUGUGAAAUAACAAGGUCAGUCUUUCUAGUCCCGGUUUUCUGGCUCUCUGGUGAGACGGCUGUAGUUGGUAAUGUGAAUGAAGCCCUUUGCAGGCUGUGUCAAUGGUUUUAUUUAAUGCUGUUGUUUUAUUAAGUCCUUCUCUUGGUCAAUGAUUCUGUUUAGAAGCUGUGGUGCCUUCUUUUGGUAUGUUGGGGUUCGAUGUAGUGGGUGUGGGAGGGUGGGGGGUGGGAGGGGGGACUGAGUACAAGGCAGGAGUGUGAAUGUUUUUAAAAUGAAAUGUUAAUGUAGGAGUUUUCUGCUUUUUUUUUUUUUUUUCCUCUAUAAACAAAGAAAAAAAAUCCACUCAAGUCCCAAGUGGAGGAAGUGCUUGAAGCCAUGUGGUCAUGAUUACGUUAUAGCAAUGGCUGCAUACAUGUGAGUUCAGAGGGCUGAACCCAUCUACUUUUACGCUGUGAUGUGUAUAAAGUAACUGAUGCCCUUACCACAUGGCAGUCAAUCUGAUGUCAUCAGUCUGAGAGAAAAACACCACAAGGCCGCAUUCAAACAACUUUGCAAAAGAGCUGAUGAACAAAUUCUUCCAUUUAUUUUAAAACCUUACUUGGAUAGUACUUUGAAAAUGAUCUGUAGAUGAUAAAAAAAAAAACAAAAAAAACAUAAAGUGUUCAUAUCAUGUAUUCCUGAACGUCAACCUUAGACCUGUUGGCAUAACAUAAUGCUAGCAUAGCUCUUGAAGUCGGUGUUGCAUGUGUUGCAUCUGAUGAAACUGACAGCCUGCGUAUAGUUCUUUGAACAUCUAUGGAUCAUCUAAGGCACUAUGCAAGUAAAAGAAUCAUUCUCUCCGGUCACUGCUAGAAGUAGCCUGUUUCAAGAUAUUUGACUGUUGUGGUGUCUGUCCAUGUUCCUCCUCUUGCUGAAGAUGGGCAACUUGGAACAGCAACAAGUUGUAUUUUAGUGCUUAUCUCAAGCCCUCCACUCAAUUAUCUCUAUUUAUUUGAGGCUGGGACAGACUUGUCAGAGAUUUGUGCUAAGACACAACUGAGGAAAGCAGACAAGGGACUCUGUGAAAUCAGGGAAUUAUUAAGUGUGAUUCCUUUAAACAGUAAUGUCUUCUAAACAACCUCCUUUGUGAAACUUCUAAUUGAAACAAAAACUUUUAUAGCUCAGAAUGUAUUGAAAUGCAAUUAAUUACCAUGCAGUCUUUAUGCUUACUGGACUUUCUUUGAAUAAAAAAGAAUAAAGAUGUGCAAGUUCAAA